CAUAUAUUUCUUAGAUUUUUCUGCUUCCUUUUGCUAUAUAUUAACGUAAAAACGGAAUCUGUGAAUCUGAAACUUCCUGUUUUCAAGUGCUUCAGAAUCUCCUCAUUGAUCGUCGGCGUAAGAUUUGCCGUAUUUCUACUGAAGAUUCUUUGAAUAUGUAACGGAAGCUUAAUGCCAGGGAUUCUUCACUCUUCUUUUUUAUUUGACUUGAUAUCUCUGGGGAUUUGCUUAAUGAUUUUCCCGCCUAUUUUUUCUUAAUUAUUUGAUCCAAAUAUGUAACAAGAAAAGAGCAAAUCAGAUUAUUGCUCUGGAAACCAUUUCACCAGUGGGUUUCAGCUGAUUAUCUACUCUAGUAGUCGUUUGAGUGAGAGAUUGUUUACUCCGGCUUAAUGGUCUCGUUGUUUUACCAAAAGGCGCAAACAAGAAUUUUUUCUUAGUUGAAAAUGGAGAUCAAUGUGAUAUUCUCAACUAAGACUCAGUUAGAAGAAGAGAGGAGAAUACUGAAUAUAUAUAGAGCGUAGAAGAGAGGAACAAAAGAAAAGAGAAAAUGUUGACAUGUAUCACAUGUAAGCAAAAGGUGGAAGAUGAUGGUGGAGAAGAAGUUCCCAAUACUAAAGAUUCUGUCAAAAGUCUGACGGCUCAGAUAAAGGAUAUAGCAUUGAAGGUGUCGGGUGCUUAUAGAUGCAAGUCAAGUACGCCCACUAGCAGUUACAGGAAAGGGCAUAGACCAUAUCCGUAUCCAUAUCCAUAUCCAGAUUUUGAUGCAAUCUCAGAGGGAGUUUGUUACCAUUACCAAACAGGAAGUUCUAAUUCAACUCCAGCUUGGGAUUUUGCGAGUACCGGUCAUCUCCAAACACCAGCUAGACCUGAUUCAAGAUUAGCUGGAGAAUUAAGUGAUGAUGUGGUGCUAGAAGAAGAGGAUGCUAAGGAGUGGACAGCACAUGUGGAGCCUGGCAUUCAGAUUACUUUCGUUUCUCUCCCUCAUGGUGGAAAUGAUCUUAAAAGAAUCCGCUUUAGUCGUGACAUGUUCAACAAAUGGCAAGCUCAAAGAUGGUGGGGUGAGAAUUUUGACAGGAUUAUGGAGCUUUACAAUGUUCAGAGAUUCAAUAAGCAAGCUCUUAGCACUACCUCACAGUCUGAGGAUGGGAGAGAUUCAAAUUAUUCAAGGCUUGGUUCUGCAAGGGAAAGCCAGCAAUAUAACGGUGGUUCAAAUGCUUAUGCCUCUGGUUUCCCCAAGGGUAGUGAGAUGUCAUCUAUGGAGGCGUCAAGGACGACAACUUCCUCUAGAGACGAGGCUUCAAUUUCUGUAAGUAAUGCUAGUGACAUGGAGUCAGAAUGGAUAGAACAAGAUGAACCUGGAGUUUAUAUAACCAUCAGACAAUUAGCGGAUGGCACUAGAGAGCUAAGUCGUGUCAGAUUCAGGAGUGAAAAAUUUGGGGAGGAGGACGCGAAGCAGUGGUUGGAGCAGAACUGGGAGAGAGUACGAGCUCAAUACCUUUAGAUAGCGAUUUCCAUAUUACAUUAUCAGCAUUGUCCACAACAUAUCAAGAUACUCAAAAUGGAAUAUUAUGCCAUCCAUGAGAGAGCUAUGAGAGGGUGAGUUCAGCACCAUUUGUGGGGGUAAAAGAGAUUAAACAAGGUUCCUAUUUAAUGUAUAUAGCCUUCACUUUGGAAUGGCUCUAUUCCACAGGACAAUGCUAGUGGCCAUCAAGAAUUUUAGUGGCAUUUCUUGAUCUCUAAUUAUACAUGAGUUUGCCAAA